AUGGAGACUACUGAGCAACUCGACGACGAAAUCAGCGACCUGCAUACCCGGAUAGCCACUUUGAAAGCUCAUCGCGCGAACCUAUCUUCCGUUCUCUUGUCGCAACCCCACCUCGCUGCGCGUCUCCAUAGUAGCGGCACACACAACAACCCUGCCGACGAUACCAGUCCAAUCAUCACACAGCAGUCGAAACGCGUCCUCGAAAACACCUAUCGCGCCUGCGCUGGCGUUACUGCAUACAAAGUCAAAGAUCCCGACCCACAUGCGCUGAACCAUGGCAACAUUCUUGGCGUUAGCAUAGAUGUGCCACUCAGAGGCAGAUUCGUCGAGACAUAUCACGUCUUACUGAGCGUCAGACAAAAGGAUGAAAAGACUAUCCUAAGAAUCAACAAGCACACUAUUCCACCAUGUAUACCUCUGCAGCAAUUGUCCGACAAGUGGCUACCCACGGGGGGCAAAGACGAAGAGAAUGAUCCAGAACAGGACUUGGUGCAGUUUGGGAGGCUGCUGCGGAAGGAGCUGGUGAGCUGGCACUUGCGUGUCAACGCUUUGGAAGAGUUACAGAAGGAGGCUGGUCUGGCAAAACCACGCCCGAACAGCGAAACUGAGGGCUUUGCACCAACUGGAAACAUCUUGAACGCUUUCGUGAGCGAUGAUGAGACGAGCUCAGAUGUCGAGGAAGCUGAAGACGAGACUGAUAGCGCACGCAUACUGGACAUCGAAGCCGAUGCUGCUGUCAGGCAAAUCACUGUUGUCUGGUCCGACAGACGAACAGCGGUCAUGUCCGUCACCAAAGAUGGUAGGAUUGAGAGGGCUGUGUGCAGGACAAGAGAUGGAGUCCGAGAUGAUAUUUUCAGCAGGAAGGCCAUAGGUCCCAUCGGUAGCUUGGUCCGCAGACUACGAGCAUGA